CAGGAGCGCGUGCUUCUCCGCGUGCGGCGCAAGGUCGAGCGCGUGUUGGAGUGGGCGCGGGUCGUGGUGUAUGAUGGCGUGGAGCGGGCGCAUGGAAGGCUGACUCCUGCCAUGCUCGACGGGAUCAAGCUCGCGACGCCGACCGGUAGCGCGGCGCUGCGCUCGCUCGCCUCCGUAACCUCCGUGCCCGCGGACCGCGCGCUGCGCGUCGAAGCCUUCGACCCCGCGACCGCCAAAGCCGUCUUCGCAGCGAUCCGGGAUGCGGGCAUCCCCGGCCUCAGCGCGAGCAAAGAGGAGGGGAUCGUGCGCGUCGAAGUCGCGCGGCCUACGGGGACGGUGCGUGAGGGUCUUGCGCGCAACAUUCACGAGGGGCUCGAGAGCGCCAAGCACCAGAUCCGCGGCGCGCGCGCCGAGGGCCUCAAGGCGCUUGGGGGACGUGGGUCGGAGGGCGCGGACGCGGUGUGCGAGGUCACUGAGGGUGCGGUGGGCGUGUUGGACGGCAUGUGGGUGGGGGUAAGGGAGGAACUGAAGAAGUAG